AGUUUAAAGAACGGAUGAACUGAAAGGAGAUUUUUUUUUUUUUAAAGACACUUGCCAAAGACUCGCAUGUCUGUCAGAAACUUCCCGCAGACCUCUCAAACGUUUCAGCAAAACCACUGACGACUGGAAUGAAUUGGAGGAAACUUAACCCCUAUUUGAAUUGCAAGAGUCAUGUCUGUGGUAUUGGUCCACAGAGAGGGAAGGGAAGCCAGGCCAUGACUGAGCAGUCAGGAAUUCAUUCCAGGGGGGGGGGGGGGGGGGGUGUUGAAUGAAUGAAGUGGAUGUUGAGACACUGGAGCUCCCCUGGCACUGAUAAAACUCUCUCUUUCUCUGGGGAACUUGCUCAGAGCUGCGGUGCCUUGUGGGGAAAUCAUGUUCAGCUCUGUCUUCAAAGCUGAUCGACUUCGGGUCAACUUGCAACUGGUUGUCAAUCGGCUGAAACUCCUGGAAAGAAAGAAAACUGAGCAGGCCCAGAAAGCAAGGAAAGAGAUUGCGGACUAUCUGGCUGCUGGGAAAGAUGAACGAGCUCGGAUCCGAGUGGAGCACAUUAUACGGGAAGACUACCUGGUGGAAGCCAUGGAGAUUCUGGAGCUGCACUGUGGCCUGCUGCUGGCCCGGUUUGGCUUGAUCCAGGCCACAAAGGAACUGGAUUCUGGUCUGGCUGAAUCUGUGUCUACACUAAUCUGGGCAGCUCCUAGGCUCCAGUCAGAGGUGCCUGAGCUGAAAAUAGUAUCUAAUCAGCUGUGUGCAAAGUACAGCCAAGAGUAUGGUCAACUGUGCCGAACCGCUGAGAUUGGAACUGUCAGCUCUCGGCUAAUAUGUAAAUUAAAUAUGAACAGUCUACCCCAGGUUUUAGUGGAACAGUAUCUGAUAGAAAUCGCUAAGAGCUAUAAUGUGCCAUAUAAAUCCAAGGCAACCAUUCCGGCUGAAGCCCCGGCAGAUCUGGUUGUUGUUGGAUUUACAGACGAGGUCAAGAAAGAUGCCCCUGACAGCGGAGAGGGAACUGGAACCGGACCUGGUGAUCCAGUCUGGGCAUCACCAACAUCUGCACCGGAGCCUUUACCUGUGCCGACCCCAGCCCCUCGUUUCUCAUCCCUUCCUCCUGAAAGGCAGGACGAUUCCUUUAAGAAUGAUUUGCAUCCUGCGCUGGUUCCUGGUCCAGGAUUCAACCCUCAAACUUCUCCAAAGCCAGCAUCAAGAGCCAAGAUUGGUUUUGAUGACUUCAUGCUGCCUGAUUUGCCUGAUGUAAAACCUCAAGCAAGUCUUUCCAUUGACCCUUAUGAUUCUGAGGAAAUUGAUUUUGAAGAUCUUGACCGGAGACUUGAAAUGCUGAAGAAAACCACAUAAUUCCUUAAUCCUGGAUUGAGUACUUGCCUGGGAAUUAGGACCCUUGGGCACACAUUUUCAUAUGGCCACCGAUGUGUGGGUCUGAAGUUUACUCAUUUACAGUUUCUUCCAUUCCUUACAUUCUAUGGUUCUCUGUCUGUAAUAUGUAUGUCUAUGUCUCUGUGUGCAUAUACAUAUAAUCAAUUAUUCCUGUUCCUUAAAAUUCUAAAAUUCUAUGCAAUUCUAAGAUUCUAUAAUUCUGUUCCUUAAAAUUCUGUAAUUCUUAGGUGAAGAUUCCUGACCUAC